ACGUUCUGUGAGUAUGUGUGAAAUGUUGUUGAAUUGUUUUUAUUGCUUUCCUCUUAUCCUUCGCACCAGAAGCAGUGUUGUGACUUUAAUUAAGAGAUUUUACAUUGCUCAAAAUAUGCCAAAAAUCGCCUGUAUAUGUUCCAUACACAAUACAUGAAUCUAUUCAGAAUGGAUCAAUUCAGUGCAAAUAGUGGGAACAAAUAUUUAUGUUUCAGUCUCAUGAUGAAGAUGUCAUGGGGAAAAAUCGUUCGUUACAAUUCAACGCUACAGUAGCAUAUGCAGUAGUCUCUUACAUAUGACAACCAACUCCAGUCUCAAAAUUUCCAGACUGUUCUUUUGAACACCAUGUUGCUCCGUUUGUUUAUGUGAUUCGGGGGCGGCCAGUGUAAAUACGAGGUCCCGAGUAUGAAUGGAUUGAGACAGGGUUACUAUGACGCUGCUGUAAUGAUUUACGUAAGGACCACCAGCAAUGGUAAUAGCGCAAGCCGAACAAGACUCAAUAUAACCAUUCCAUUCCACAAAAAUAUGUUGCAACAGUUGCACACUCUCCCAGCCAUAUAUUCUUUAAAACUUACAGCCAAGUAGGGGUGUUGUUAAAUGUUAAGCUCGUGUAAAAACAUAAAUAUUUAAUAGCUUGAAUAUCAAAGGUUUUCACAAACACUCCAAUGAAUUUACCUCUUAUGGAGGUGCUAUUAGGCAAAUUGCCAAAAUAUUUACAUAACUGGCAGGCUACCCUUUCAUCUGUCUUAUUACAUGACACGUUGUUUGGAUAGCAUCAUUAAAAACUGUAAUGAUUUAUAACCAAUAAUGGUUUGCAAUAACCCCAGGUUUUUAUACCCAUUUCCUCCUUUCUGUUCCGUAGAGGGGACCGACAACGUCGCCUUUGACUUUUCGGACAUGAGGAUGACUCGAGCGGCUACUCUGGAUGAAGCAGAGCUCGAUCAGCUCACGGACCUCUUUUCUGACUUCCCCCUGGCCGGUGAGGAACAACCGCCGAUUCCUCUUGAGCCCAUGCCUCCCGAAAACUCAAGAAACAACAACUUAGACAAUAACAACGUCAACGACACGCCUGCCACAGAGGCUGUGGAGGGCAGUCGUCCUCAGCGUGUUUCAGUCACCUCCAACAGAGCGUCGUCUGCCGCCAAGAAACGAAGACUCAUGAUCAAUCUCAUUGUACAAAGCUUUGGGUUUCUCUUGCUCUUCACUGCCUACCAGUCUCUUCAGAACCUGCAGAGCAGCAUCAAUGAUGACCGGAACAUCGGUCAGACUUCUCUCGCCGUCCUCUACGGCGUUCUUAUCCUCUCCUGUCCCUUCCUAGCGCCGGUAGUGAUGGGCCUGUUUGGUCUGAAGUGGACCAUCACUGGGUCCAUGAUGUCGUAUGUUAUAUUCACCAUUGCAAACUACUGGCUAGAGUUCUACACUCUGAUCCCUGCUUCUGUAUUGGUCGGCGCGGCUGCUGCCUGUCUCUGGGCAGCCAAUGGCGCGUAUCUUACCGAACUGGCCAUCAAAUACGCACAAGUGAGUAAAGAGAACCUAUCUGUGGUCAUCACCCGAUUCUUCGGCAUCUUCUUUGGCAUCUUUCAAACGUCCCAGAUCUGGGGCAACCUGAUUUCCUCGCUGGUCCUCCAGCAGGGGGCAGACAGACCCGGACCUGUACCUGAAGCGAACCUGUCUCACUGUGGGGCUUCUCACUGUCCGGAUGCCGGCGAUGUCAGCUUCACCCUUCCGCAGGGCGACCAUCUCCGCCGUACCCUGAUGAGCAUCUAUUUAGCCUGCGGCGUCUUGGCAGUUUUCAUCAUGGCCCUGUUUGCCGACAGGAUGAAAGAGACGGAGUUGCCUCAUUGCCUGGAUAUUUGCAAGCGCAAGCCUCCAGCUGAAGCCCCCGCGGAGUCUCCAGGUGCUGAACGGGAGGAGGAAGCCUCGGCGACCGACUGGAGACUGCUGUGUGACCGAUUCAUCGUCGCCUGGAGGUUCAUGUUCCAGGAGAAGAGGAUGAUGCUUCUGAUCCCCCUCAUCACGUACGGCACCAUGCAGCAAGCCCUCAACGUGGCCGUCUUCACACGGGCCUUCGUCGGCUGUACCCUGGGAGUCCAUUGGAUCGGCUACGUGAUGAUCUGUUACGGGGUUUGCGACGCUUUCUCCGCGUUUCUCAUCGGCAGAAUUCGGAACUGGGUUCCGAGACAGGCGCUGGUAGCUGUCGGCGGUCUGCUGAACCUGUCCCUGAUGGUGCACCUGCUGGCCAUGACCCCCCACCCUCAGUACGCCGCCGUCUUCUUCGUGCACGUCGGACUGUGGGGUGUGGCGGACGCCAUCUGGCAGACACAGAUCAACUCCCUGUACGGCGUGCUGUUCCCGGGCUGUCAGGAGGUCGCCUUCUCCAUGGACGGCUUCUGGGGGGCCAUCGGCUACACCGUGGCGUUCAGCUACGGCGGCUACCUCUGCGCAAGCGUCAAAAUCUACAUCCUCCUGUCGCUCCUGGGCGUGUCCAUGACGACGUACACCGUGCUGGAGGACCCAGCAGGAAUGCCAUUCUCUGAUCUGUCCAUCACCCGUAGAUACUCCCUAGGCGAAGAAUUGCCCCCAGAACUCGGCAACUCAACCGAUCAACUAGCCCACAAAAACUCCCAAGCAAAGACCGGCAUAGACAACAUGGAGUUUUCAGACGUUUCGAAGAAAGAAGAUGGCACGGACGCUGGCGCCAUCACGCCGAGCUACCAGAACGCCGAAGGAUCCACAGAUCCCCUGGAGACCACGGCCAUCCCGAAGUGGCGCGUGUGGAAAAACCUUCUCGUCAUCUGCUGCGCCUUUCUCUUCAACUUCACAGCCUUCCAGUCCCUCCAGAACCUGCAGAGCAGCUUGAACUACGACGAGGGCCUGGGCGUGGCCUCGCUCAGCGUCAUCUACGCCAGCCUCAUCGUGUCCUGCAUCUUCGUCCCGCCCAUCCUCAUCGGCAAGAUCGGCUGCAAGUGGACCCUGGUGGUCUCCAUCUUCUGGUACUCCGUCUUCACCGCGGGGAACUUCUACGCGUCCUGGUACACGCUCAUGCCGUUCUCCGUGACGCUGGGCCUGGCCGGGGCUCCGCUCUGGACCGCCAAGAGCAAGUACGUGACGACCAGCGGGAUGCGGUACGCAGGCAUGGUGGGGGAGACGCAGGAGGACGUCAUCACCAUGUUCUUCGGCAUCUUCUUCAUGGUGUUCCAGUCCGGACAGAUCUGGGGAAACCUGAUCUCGUCCCUGGUCCUGGAGCGCGGGAACGUGACGUCACUGGGCCUGACUCCCGAGGAGCUGUCGGCGAUCUGCGGGGCGAACAACUGUCCCAACUCCACAGGCGCGCUCCAACCUCCCACCACCAGCACCGUCAACCUGCUAGUCGGUAUCUACCUGGGCUGCGGCCUGUUCGCGGUGUUGGUUCUAGCCGUGUUCCUGGACAAGCUGAAGGGUGAAGGCGAAGAGAAGAAGCCCGGGCUCCAACUCCUGAUCGCGACUCUGAAACACCUGAAGGACGACAAACGGCAGGUGCUGCUGGUGCCCAUCACCAUCUACAGCGGGCUGGAGCAGGCCUACGUGGCAGGGGACUACACAAAGUCCUUUGUGAGCUGCGCGUUGGGUAUCGAGUGGAUCGGGUACGUCAUGAUCUGUUACGGCGUGUGUGACGCCAUCUUCUCCUUCCUACUGGGCCGUCUGAUCAAGCUGACAGGGAGAAUACCGUUGUUCGUGACGGGCGCCGUUGCCCACCUGGCCAUGAUCAUCACCAUGCUGGUGUGGAGCCCCGACCCAGGCAAGCUCGAGGUGUUCUUCGUGCUGGCCGCCUUCUGGGGGCUGGGCGACGCCGUCUGGCAGCUGGAGAUCAACGCUCUGUACGGUUAUCUGUUCCGUAAGAACCAGGAGGCAGGCUUCUCCAACUACCGCCUGUGGGAGUCUCUGGGGUUCGUGGUGGCGUUCGCCUACAGUAACUUCCUCUGCACCGACGUCAAACUCUACAUCUUACUGGCCGUGCUGGUGCUGGGCAUGAUGGGAUAUGCCCUGGUGGAGUACAACGAGCGGAAGGACCCAGAGGAGUCCGAUACGAGGAUGUAGCGGAACAGUCGCCUUAGUCUCCACCAGACUAGUUUGCAGGCUGAAUAAGAUAGUAGAAAUCGGCCUAAAAAGAAUGUAGCUGACCAGGGGAGUUGGUCGGCCAUCA